AUGUUGGCCGGAGUUCAGCCGUGUUUUCAGCUGCUGAGGAUUGGGUCCUCUUCGGGUAACAGUAACGAAUCCAGUCAUUCCACACUGGACUCCUCUCGGGAUCUGUAUACUUUCCGGCCUACGUUGGCUCACUCCGUAUUCAGGCUGGGUCGAGCGGCGGAGCUGUGUGAUGUCACCCUCGAGGCACCAAAUGUCUCCCGUGUCCAUGCGGAGCUGCACGCGGAGAGGCAAGUGGACGCAGGAGGAGAAGAUGGAUGGAAGGUUCAGGUGAAAGACCGCAGCAGCUAUGGUACCUGGGUGAACGACAUCCGCCUACAACAAGGUGCCUUGUGGGAGAUUUUUGAUGGUGAUACCCUGAGCUUCGGUGGCCAGUCAGAGCAAGGCAGUCCCGAAUUCUAUUUCCUAUUCCAGAAGGUGCGGGUUCGCCCUCUGGACUUCGACGCCAUCACCAUCCCCAAGGCUGGCUCCUUUUCCUCGGAUUUGCAGAAUAGGAUCCGAACGAGUCUGGACCGGAAGCCAGAUCCCAGCCUGGACAUUUCCAAGCUGUCCAUCAAGAGAGCCACCGUCAUCCUCAACUCCAUUGGCAGCCUCAGUAAAAUGAACGGCAGCUGCUGGACCUUCAAGAGGGCCGAAAAAAACACCGACCUGAGCCCCGUCAACAUACCCACCUUUACCUCUUUAGUCCCGCCCUCCACCCCGCCCCCUUUCCAAACUGUCGGUUCGGAAACUUCCAAGUCGGUCCCACCGUCGUCGAAAAGCCGGCGUAAGUCGGCGCACACGGUGCUUCUGGAGGACGACAGUUCAGAUGACCCUGGGCCUCACAGGGCUGAUGAGGACGGAAAAGGGCGGGGGAGGAAAAGAAGACGUCUUUAUAAAUCUGAGUCUGAGGUGUUCCAGCCCCCGCUGCCAAAGACCGAACCGAAUGUGAGGCGGCAGUUCGACCUGAAGCCCAAGCAGAACGGAAGUUUCCACGCUCUCGUACCCAACGGCAAACCCAGCAGUCUGUUUCUCGCCAUGAACCAAAAACGUGAGAUUGUUAACAUGAAUAAUAAUAACAAUGGCAACACCAUCGCUGCAGCCACCCUCCGCCAGCAGAAGCCGUUUUCUCCAGGGUGUCGAGGCAGACGAAGGGCCAACAGCGCUCCACUGUGUCCCCCUCUCAUGGUGGGCGGUGACAACUACAACCUGGCCUCUCCGUCUCUCCGGCUCUGUAAGACGGAGAGAGACAGGGUACAGAUGUCACGUUUUCACGUCACCACAGGGAAGCGUCGCGGCCGCCCCCGAAAGCAUCCUCCCCCUCGUCCCUCCCUCCCCUCUCCUUCCUCAUCCUCCUCCUCCUCCAGCUCAUCUUCAUCAUCAUCAUCUUCUUCUUCGUCUGAGGAUGAUGAUGAAGAAGAGGAAGGGCAGGUUCAGGGUGUGGAGCCGUGCGCUGCAGCUCGUUGUCGGUUGCCCCAGCAGGACACAGUGCAGUGGGUACAGUGUGACGACUGCGAUUCUUGGUACCACGUGGACUGCCUGCACACUGCCCGACGCUCGCUUUUACUCGACCCGAACGCCGAUUUCCACUGCGGCUGCCGCUGA